UACCCAAAAGGUCCCGCGAUCUCACAAACGGAGCGAUUGUGGCCGCGUGCAACACUGUGAACGGCGAGGAGGGGGCGAAAUACAGCAUCCCGUCCGUGUACAACGCCACCAUUCUGACCUGCAGCGAUCCAUGCGCCCUCGCGACGUCGUGCUUCCCCGCUUACACGACGAUGGCCUCGAGUGAUGGCUGCGCCUGCACGUGCGCUGAGGGUGGCCACGGCGAUGCGUGCCUGCCCGUUGCUGUCCCCGAGCCACCGAGCACCGACGGCGCAGACUUGUGCGUGCGGGACGUGCGUGUGGAUGAGGAGGUGAGCGCCGGUUUCGGGACGUCGGUGGCGUGCUACGUUGGUGUGACCUUUGCGGCGGACGUCGUGGUGGACGUGGAGGCGAUGUCGGGGAGCGUGCGCAACGUGACGCUGGCGAACUGCACUUUUUUGGACGGAGCGAGCCUGUACGUUGUUGGGUGGCGUUCCGACCCGCCUGCUGGCGAGCGCGCCGAUGUGUUGAUCAGCGGGCUUGAGUCGCGCUCCGGCGGCGGCGUGCUGGUGUCGAACCGAUUUCCGCCUGGCUCUCGCGUCACUUUGGUGGACUCGGUGCUGAUUGCAGAGAAGCGUGUUGCAUACCGUGGCGCCUACGGCCUUGGCGACGCGUCCGCGUGCCUUGUGGUGCACAGCGUGAAUCUGACUGGGAGCGUGCUGACCAUUGCGCGCACGCAUGUGGCGGCUGUGUUCGGCGACGCUGUUGGCGUGUUGGUGGUUGGCGGCGUGGCGCUGUCGUCGCGCGGUGCGCUGUACGUGGACGUGCUGUCGGUGCAGACGGCGCUGGGGCUGUGCGUGUCGGUGGAGGGCGGUGUUGCGGCCAGCGGUGGCUCCGUGGUGGCGUUUGUUGACAGCGACUUCCUGCUGAGCAAGCACGCGGUGUCUGUGCGUGGGGCUGUGAGCGUGUCGAGCUCCAUUGUGGCGUUUGUGCGGAGCGAAUUCUCUUUGACGGAGGACUACGCGGUGGCGUUUUAUUCGACGGUGGGCCUGGCUGGUGGGUCGGUGCUGCUGGCGAAGGGCAACGUGCACGACGGUGUCUCGAGGGAGAUGCUCUACGCCGCUGGUGCCGUGGCCGCUGCAGGGAGCACGCUGAGCUUUGUGCGGAACCGAGCGCUGCUGCCGCGGAUGCUGUCGCUGAGCCUGUCGCUUUCGGCUGGGGCGCAUUUGAGGGUGGCGUGCAACGACGCCGGUGGACGUGUCCUGUCGACGGCGGAGGGGUACGCAGCCGCUGGUUUUGGCGACGCUGGGCGCAUCGACGUUACUGGGUGCGACGCCUGCGACAGGGACACGUACUGCUACGCGCCCGGGACUGCGUCGGCGAGCAUGACGAACGGUGUGUGCGUGUGCGUGUGCGGCAGCGGCGGGUACGGCGAGGCGUGCGUGCCUGUGGGCGCUCCCGUGCUGCCGCCCGCUGUGGGCACUGCGUCGAGUGUGUUCGUCCGCGAGGGCGUGACGGUGCGGUCGGUGUUUGUUGUGCCUGCCGGUGCGAGCGAGGUGACGCUGCGCCACGUUGUGCUGGACGGCGUGAGUCCUGUGCUCUACGUGCCGUGGAUGGCGCGAGAGGGCGUGCGGAUCGUUGUGCAGAACGUGUCGCUGCUGAACGGCGCCGUGCUGUACGUGAUGGGCGGCGGAG